AAAAUCAUGAAAAUAGGCAGUUCCCUUGCAUAAUCACUACACGAACUCGCUCUAUAUAUACACCCAAACUUCACGCUCACAUUCCUCAAACUCACAUUUUCAUCUCUCUCCCCAAACCAAAGGAAUGGGUUCCCAUAAGAAGCUAUUGGCCAUUGUGCUCGUUGCACUCUUUCUCGGCGUCCACGUCAGCGGCCGAGCCCCGUUCGCCUGCGAUCCAAAGGACGCGGCUACGGUGGGGUUGAGGUUCUGCGAGCCGUCGGUCCCGACAGGGGAGAGAGUCAAGGAUUUGAUCGGACGGCUGACGUUGGCCGAGAAAGUGAGCCUGUUGGUGAACAAUGCGGCGGCGGUUCCGAGGCUGGGGAUAAAAGGGUACGAGUGGUGGUCGGAGGCUCUUCACGGGGUCUCCAACGUGGGCCCAGGCACCAAGUUCGGUGGGGCCUACCCUGCCGCCACCAGCUUCCCUCAAGUCAUCACCACCGUUGCUUCCUUCAAUGCCUCAUUGUGGGAGUCCAUCGGACGGGUAGUGUCGGACGAGGCGAGGGCCAUGUACAACGGGGGAGUGGGCGGGCUAACUUACUGGAGCCCAAACGUGAACAUAUUGCGGGACCCACGUUGGGGACGUGGACAGGAAACUCCCGGUGAAGAUCCCGUCGUCGCCGGUAAAUACGCCGCCAGCUACGUCCGAGGUUUACAGGGAACCGACGGUAACCGGUUGAAAGUCGCAGCCUGCUGCAAACACUUCACCGCCUAUGAUCUCGACAACUGGAACGGCGUCGACAGGUUCCAUUUCAACGCCAAGGUGAGCAAGCAAGACAUAGAGGACACGUUCGACGUACCGUUCAGGAUGUGCGUGAAAGAAGGGAACGUUGCGAGCGUUAUGUGUUCGUACAACCAAGUUAACGGCGUUCCGACAUGUGCCGACCCGAAUCUAUUGAAGAAGACCGUACGGUCCCAAUGGGGUCUCAACGGGUACAUUGUCUCUGAUUGUGAUUCUGUCGGGGUUUUCUACAAUACACAACAUUACACCGGAACGCCUGAAGAAGCCGCUGCUGAUGCCAUCAAAGCUGGCUUGGACUUGGACUGUGGGCCAUUUUUGGGAGCUCAUACAACUGAUGCGGUAAAAAAGGGCUUGUUGAGUGAAUUGGAUGUGAACAAUGCCUUGACCAACACACUAACUGUCCAAAUGAGGUUGGGCAUGUUCGACGGCGAGCCUUCAGCCCAACCGUACGGUCAUCUUGGGCCGGCCCAUGUUUGUACAAAGGCCCAUCAAGAACUGGCCCAUGAAGCAGCUCGUCAAGGCAUCGUUCUACUCAAGAACGACGGCCCAUCUCUUCCUCUCUCCCGCCGUCGUCACCGUACCGUUGCGGUCAUCGGACCUAAUUCAAACGCCACUGUCACUAUGAUCGGUAACUAUGCCGGUAUUGCAUGUGGAUAUACAAGUCCGGUUCAAGGAAUAAACGCGUACGCCAGAACGAUUCAUCAGAUGGGUUGCGUCGACGUACACUGUACGGACGAUAGGUUGUUCGACGGCGCGGUCAAAGCGGCUCGUGAGGCUGAUGCGACGGUCCUCGUACUCGGACUAGACCAAUCCAUCGAAGCCGAGUUCAGAGACCGUGACAGUAUACUCUUGCCUGGCAAACAACAAGAUCUUGUCUCUAGAGUUGUGUCCGCUUCUAAAGGCCCAGUAGUUCUCGUCUUGAUGUCCGGUGGGCCCAUCGACGUCUCUUUCGCACAAAACGACCCCAAAAUUCCCGCCAUCAUCUGGGCCGGUUAUCCCGGUCAGGCCGGUGGAGCCGCCAUUGCCGAUAUCUUGUUCGGUUCUGCAAACCCCGGAGGGAAAUUGCCGAUGACAUGGUACCCACAAGAAUAUCUAGCGAACCUCCCAAUGACGGAGAUGUCGAUGAGACCGAGCCAGUCGAAGCGGUUCCCGGGUCGGACCUACCGGUUCUACAAAGGACCGGUGGUUUACCCGUUCGGUCACGGCUUGAGCUACACCCGCUUCACCCACACCAUCGCCGACGCGCCCAGGGUUCUUCCCAUCGCGCUUCACGGCCGCGGCCGAAACGGCACCGUUUCCGGGAAGGCCGUACGAGUCACCCACGCCAAGUGUAGCCGUCUCUCCCUCGGCGUCCACGUGGACGUCAAGAACGUGGGAUCCAGAGACGGGACCCACACGAUGCUCGUGUUCUCGGCUCCGCCGGCUGGACGCUGGGCUCCACACAGACAGCUGGUGGCUUUCGAGAGGGUACACGUGGCGGCAGGAGAGAAGAAGCGGGUGCCGAUAAAUAUACACGUGUGUAAGUAUCUGAGCGUAGUGGACAGGGCCGGGGUUCGAAGAAUUCCGAUCGGGGAUCACAACAUUCAUAUCGGAGACGCCACCCAUACGGUGUCGCUUCAAGCCUCUAUUCUUGGGGUCAUCAAGUCUUAAAAAGACUCUUUCGGCUCAUUCUUGGUGGGAGGAAACAAAUUUGAUAAAAGAUUGAUUUUUGAUUUUUUUUUUUUUAAAAAGACAGAACAUAAUAAUCUGUUUCACUUUGACGUUUGAUGUGAAAAUUUGUAUGGGUAAGUUCGUAAGAACGGAUAUUGAUUCCUGAAAAAAAAACACAUCUUUGGGGCCUUUAGUUGUAAUAAUGAAAAAGGUUCAACCUUUUGUAAUUUCUUACAGUAAAUAUUUUUUUGUUGGUUGAA